UCCGCACAGAAGAGUAGCUAGCUAGUGAAGUGACAGCAAGAGGGAAAUUAACUCGAUAUGGAGUACAAACACAAAAGUCUGGUUCAGCAGCAGCUGAGCAAGAAAAAGCAAAGCCACUAAAAUUUUCUUUAAACAGAAAGACUGAUAGCAGCAAACAGGAGUUGUGAGCAAGAGGAGCCGAAGGGGACACCUGCUGCUAGCUACAGCAUCGCGCCAUCCACCGUGAGGACGAGUAACGUUACUGCCCCCCGACACUUUCAGACUUCUACAGCCUGAAACACUUUAUUGCUGCAGAGCGAUAUUAAACUCUACUGAAAUGACAUAACCUCGACAUUUCCCACGCAACUCCUGUCAGUCCGCAUCUGAAGAGUGAAAACAGCACUAGAACUAAGCAAGAUGUUGUUUGUGGACAACAACUGCAUCGCUGCAAGCUUUGGGGGUAAAUUGACGUUAGUCUGCAACGUUUUACUGCUUUUCAUAAAAAUCCCAGUGACUGUGGCCUCUGCAGAACGAUCUUUUUCCAAACUCACACUUAUAAAAUCUUACCUGAAGAGCUCACUGGGGCAGACUAAUGUGGACACACUGUCACACACUGAGAAUGCUCUGAGCUGCAGCUGGAUUCAAAGGGUUUAAUAAACAACUCUGCAAAAAGCUCAGGAGAGUGCGCCUAAAAUACGCAGUAAGCAGCUUGAAACAUUCUGAUAAACCCAUUGUACCCUACCUGCCCAGCACCAAAAAGCAGACAAAGUUAGGGACUUCAGAAGCUACUGUGUCAGAUAUUUCCCUCAGGAGUUGGUGUGGACCACAAUGGAGCUAAAAGGAAGGGCUCAGCCAUGGCCAACUGCACUGACGUGGACCAACUGAUAAAAAGCUAUUACCUGCCUGUUUCCUACACCAUCAUCUUCAUCGUGGGCCUGGUGGGCAACGUAACCUCCAUCGUCAUAUACCUGACAAAGCUGCGUCCCUUGAAAAGCAGCAGCAUCAUUAUGGUGAACUUGGCACUGACCGACCUCCUCUACGUUCUCAGCAUGCCCUUCCUGGUCUACUACUACAGCAACAGGGAUGUGUGGACACUCGGCGACUUCAUGUGCCGCUUGGUGCGCUUUGGGUUUCAUUUUAACCUGUACGGGAGCAUCCUCUUCCUGACGUGUCUCGCAGUUUUCCGCUAUGUGGUGGUGAUCAAGCCUUUGAGGGCUGCACAAGUGCAGCAGAAGUUUUGGGGAAUAAUUGCGUGCUCAGUCGUCUGGGUUGUUGCCGCGGCUGAAAUUACACCCAUGUUGACAAUGAUAUCCUUGGGGCCGCAUGACAAUAAUACCUCCUGCCUGGACUUUGCAAGCACCGUGCCCGUUGACAACAUUCGGGUGUAUGGCUGGCUGCUCACUGCACUCGGAUUUCUACUCCCUCUAGCGGUGGUAUUCAUGUGUUACAUUGGAAUAGUGAAGGAGUUGGCGAAAGGGCCCUACACAGCCAGUCCAUGUCGGAUGCGAGCGCGGCGCGUGACCGUGCUAAUCCUCGUAGUGUUUGUGGUGUGUUUCCUGCCAUAUCACAUAUUGCGUGUGUUGCGGAUAGAAACUCGAAAGUACCAACCGACACCAUGCAUGGUUGAGCACAUCGUGCAUGCAGCAUAUAUUAUCUCCAGGCCUCUGGCUGGAUUCAACACGUUUUUUAACUUGGCUCUGUACACUCUUUCAGGUGACAAGUUCAGGACAGCCUUCCUUAGCACUUUUUACUGGAAAUGCUGGGUGACGAAGGUGAGGUCGCUGCUCCAUCUGGCCGUUAUCAGCAAGGCAGACAGGGACAUGCCUGCUGCCUGACUGACAACUGUCCAACACCUUUUUUUUUUUUUAUCUCUCAGGGCUCCUAGAUGAAAACAUUUAGGAGAACACAAAGAAAUUCAGGAGCACACUGAAAAAAGAAGAAAGACAACAAACACAGGGUUUAUUAACAACAACAUAUGUAUACUAUGUCUUUGCCUCACACUGUAGGAAUAUUAAAUGCUUAAUCACUCAGACUCGUGUCAGGAAAGCUACAUGACAGCCAUGGUUUCUUCAUUAUAGGGUGCCUACCAGAGACGAAGUUAUACCUUUUCCACAUAUAGGCUGGAAUCACAUGAGUAUUUACCUGAUUAACAAUGCAAUAGAUUAUUUUGUUUGCAGCCAUGAAAAUAGCAGUUGAAGGGUUCAGUCUGUACUCCUGAAACACAGAAGUUAGUUUGCAUUUCUGAGCUGUGGGUCAGAUUUCCAGAAGGUUAUAAAAUAUGUUAGGAAAAUAUGUUCUGUGAUUUUCAUGAAAAGUUUUACCACAUAGCCUACUGUAUAUGAAACAUGUAUCUGUCAGUAGCAGUUUCACCAAUACUCGUAAGGCACGGCAUCUCAUCAGCCUCGACUGUGCUUAGUUUGUAGUAAUAAUUUGCAAAUGUUGGCAUGCUAACACGCUAAACUAAUAUUAUAUAAGCUAUAUGAGCGUGUUUGCAUGCUGACACAAGCAUUUAGCUCAGAGCCCAGCUGUGUCUAAAGCUGUGUCUCAAUUCACAGCCUUUCAUACUUACACUUGCUACAUUAAGUGCCUAAGAGAAUUCACAAUGACAAGUACUAUGAGUAACCGGAUGGUGUAUUAUGCUGAUAAUGAUCUGCCCAGUUACAAUUUGCUAUUAAAAAGAAGAAGAGGAAGAGAAGAAGCGGUCAAAUGAUGCCGAUAAUGAUCUGACCAGUUACAAUUUGACAUUAAGAAGAAGAAGAAGAAGAGGCGGUCAUAUGUUCCAGUUGUCGUUUGCGUUAAGUGUGCCACAUCCGUGUUCGAUUUGACACUACCCUGCCAAAAUGUAUGCACUAAACAUUAAGUACAUAGUGUACACAGUGUACUGCAUGUUAACUGAAGUAUAUGAAGUGAGACACAGCUUAAGGACAGCUGCCUCACAGAGCUGCUAGCUUGGCUGUAGACUCUUUCCUUGCCAGAUAUCCAGCUAGUUUUCCCUGUGUGUUUUAAUUGAUGCAGAAAAUAAUAAAAACAAACCAAAUUUUAAA